AUGUCGUUGGCGGAGCUAGACGAUGGACUGGUUCGGAGGAUGGCCAUCGGCGCCGUCUUCUCCGAUUUUGGAGGGAAGAUACGUUCGAUGGGUUUCCAUAGGACUGAUGAUCUAUUGGUAACAUCGAGCGAGGAUGAUUCACUUCGCCUCUUCGAUAUCGCCAACGCUAAACAGCUGAAGAUUACAUACCAUAAGAAACAUGGCACCGAUCGUGUGUGCUUUACUCAUCAUCCCAGCUCUCUAAUUUGCUCUUCUCUUUACAAUUUGGAGUCCACUGGAGAAUCCUUGAGAUACCUAUCAAUGUAUGAUAAUCGGAUCCUUCGCUACUUUAAAGGACACAAAGACAGGGUUGUAUCGCUUUGUAUGUCUCCUAUUAAUGAUAGCUUCAUGUCUGGCUCUCUCGACCGAAGUGUCAGACUCUGGGAUCUUCGUGUAAAUGCCUGCCAGGGAAUUCUACAUCUACGUGGUAGACCUGCAGUAGCGUAUGACCAACAAGGACUGGUAUUUGCAAUUGCGAUGGAAGGAGGUGCUGUUAAAUUAUUUGAUUCCCGGUGUUAUGACAAGGGUCCCUUUGACACAUUUCUGGUGGGUGGGGAUACUGCUGAGGUUAACGAUAUAAAAUUCAGCAACGACGGAAAAUCCAUGCUCCUAACAACCACAAAUAACAACAUCUACGUUCUUGAUGCAUAUCGUGGAGAGAAGAAAUGUGGUUUUAGUUUGGAGCCUUCACAGGGUACAUCUAUAGAAGCCACCUUCACGCCAGAUGGCAAGUAUGUUCUGUCAGGUUCAGGAGAUGGAACCUUACAUGCGUGGAACAUCGAGAAUCCAUCUGAGGUGGCGAGGUGGGAUAACAACAUAGGAGUAGUGUCGUGUCUGAAAUGGGCACCUCGUAGAGCCAUGUUCGUUGCUGCCUCUACGGUUCUCACUUUCUGGAUCCCCAGUGACGGUGAACCACCUGCCCCCGCUGAUCCUCCCGCCGACCAACAACCUCCUUCUCAGUGA